GCCUCGGUGCUCUGCGCGCAACAGCAACGCCGCGCCGCGGCCCCGAUCAGGAAGUGAAUUUGAAGAAAAUAAGCGACUGUGGAGGUAGAAUGACAUAGAGGGGGAGAGGUGGGAGAGAAGCGAGCGGAGAAAGAAGAGACUAACGGAGGGAGGGAUCGACCCUGUUUCUGGACCUGUAUUGAGCUGCUCCCCUCUGAGAUAUAGGCUACUGCACCGCCAAAAAAAUGCUCAUAAAGGAAUUUCGAGUGAUUCUUCCUAUCUCUGUGGAAGAGUACCAGGUUGGCCAGCUGUACUCUGUGGCUGAGGCCAGUAAGAAUGAGACAGGUGGAGGAGAAGGAGUUGAGGUGCUAAAAAAUGAGCCCUACGAGAAAGACGGCGAGAAGGGACAGUACACACACAAAAUCUACCAUUUGCAGAGUAAAGUGCCAUCAUUCGUCAGAAUGUUGGCUCCAGCUUCAGCUCUCAACAUCCACGAGAAAGCCUGGAACGCAUACCCAUACUGUCGCACAGUUAUCACUAACGAGUAUAUGAAAGAUAACUUCCUGAUCAAGAUUGAGACAUGGCACAAACCCGACAUGGGACACCUUGAAAAUGUACAUGGUUUGGAUGCAGAAACCUGGAAAAAGGUGGAUGUAGUCUAUAUUGAUAUUGCGGACAGAAGCCAAGUGGACUCCAAGGACUAUAAGCACGAGGAGGACCCAUGCAGGUUCAAGUCGAUGAAGACAGGACGAGGCCCUCUAGGACCAGACUGGAAGAAGGAACUUCCUAACAAGACAGACUGCCCACACAUGUGUGCCUACAAACUGGUCACUGUCAAAUUCAAGUGGUGGGGGCUGCAAAAUAAAGUGGAGAACUUCAUUCAAAAGCAAGAGAAGCGUUUGUUCACUAAUUUCCAUCGUCAGCUCUUCUGCUGGAUCGACAAGUGGAUUGAAUUGAACAUGGAAGACAUUCGCCGCAUGGAGGAGGAGACGCGCAAGGAGCUAGAUGAGAUGAGGGUCAAGGACCCAGUGAAAGGGAUGGUGGCUCUAGAGGACUGAGGUUGUGUCAGACCGUGAAUGCUGCUGUUCAUCAGACCAGAAUACCCAGACACCAGCGGAUUCACAUCCUCCUUCUGUUCCAACUGAUACAACACCUGACCGGCCGGUCCAAAGUCCUCCUCCCCCGGUACAAUCUGAAUCUGGUUUUCAGGGACCUGGACCCAGUGUACUCCCAGUUUUUCAGCUGAUCUCCUCCACCCCAUCCCACCUCCUUUGACUCCCACCCGUCACCUUUUGUUUUUCCAUCCAGUGUCCCCUUCUUAUUAACUGCUCUGAGGCCUCCAGUAGCAACACUAUAGAUCUUGUCAGUCAGUCCUCUCUUUCUCUCUCUCAGUCGUAAACCGUUCUAAACUACAGAGAAUAGUGAAAUUUAUCUCUGCAAUUUAGGAUUUAUUUCUAUUUAAGAUAUCCCAAUGUGUAUAUAUACAGUAUACAGUAUAUCGGGGAGCUGAAUAAUUGUACUGAAAUAUAUAUAUAUAUAAAUAUAUAUAAACAGGGUUUUUAAAAUGAUUUUGUCCGUAAGUUUGUCUGUGGAUGUUUAUUUUUCCAGACCAAGCUGUAUCUGCUCAGUGUUGCAUUUUGAUCCUUUUUUUUCGUUUCUUUUUUUUUUUUUUGGAUUUAUAUCCCCUUCUCUCCACUUGUGUCAUGCUUUAUGCAGUGGUUCCUUUUGUUGUUCAAAUCAAUUUGCAAAUCUACAAGACGCAGCUGCAAGGUCGGGAUUGUGCUACGAGUGUUGCGUUGUCUCUGUUAUUCUCCUGACCUAUCAGAUAGGAUUCUUUUCCCAGUAUCGCCGUUAACAUGUCGAGGCAUUCAUUGGCUUUUUCUGCUGCUUUGUGAGAUUGUGUGUGCACGUUUCUGUUUGUGCGUGUGCAUGUGCGUGUGUGUGGGGGUAUGUGGGUGUAGCGUCUGUAGCCAUAUUUUUCAGUUUUCUUUCACUAGAUCAUUUCUAGCUCUUCAGUUUCAUCAGGCUGUUCAAACAGAAUCCCUUCAAAGUGCAGUGAUUGAAGAUCACCUCUGUAUAUAAAUAUACAGUAAAGCACACACACAUACAGAGAGAGAUGGUCUACUAAGAUAGAAGAUAAAAUGGAAAAUAGUAAGACAGCUGGAACAGCCAUAUGUGAGUGUGGGAUUGUUUCUUUUUUUCUCUUUGUCUGACAGUCUUUCUGUCUACAGGCAAAACUCUUCAUCAUGGCUAUGAUUUUAACAUCAACCGCCAUUAGAGGUAUACAGCCCCGCCCACUCACUGUAGAUAGAUAACUUGUUCUUUGAAAGUUAAACUUUACGCGUUCUGUAUCAAUUUUUGCCCCGUCACCCAUCCUGUCAUUCCUCCAGUGGAUAAAUGGUAUUAUCCAGCGAUAGCAAUAACUACCAUGACACGUUGGUCUCUCCUUUAUCAUCGCAAAUCUAUCUUACUCUACAGUUUGUUCCUAUAGUGACAACAGUUUUAUUGAAGCAGAGUCCAAGCUGAAAGUCAAGGAUGGUUAGUUUAUUAUUUAUUAAAUGCUGGUUUUAUUGUGUCUGUCUUUGGAUGAGGUGGGUUUUCUCCUGCUGGAAUCUGAAGGCUGUUCUUUGUAACAGUGUGGUUUUUCAGUAUAUGCAUGAGUGUACAUGAGUGAUGUACAGUAGCGUGUCUUUAAAGAGAUCUGAUGCUGGCUUGGUAAAGAAGGGAGGACGAAAUGGAGCUAGAGGAGUAAUAACAACAGGCACUAUCCUUCCUUCUCUUAUUGAUGUGUGUUUGGCCUCCUUCAUUCUCAGUUAACUUUAAUUUCCUCUCUUCCAUCCUUUGUAAUACUUUACAUCCUCCACAUGUUUUAACAGUGUGGAAACUUUAAAGAGCAAGCAACAGAUAACAUCAAAAGGCCAAUAUUAUAAUGCUGACACAGGUCAGUCACAGUUUAUAUAUUUGGAUUAUGAAAAGACAGAACAAGUAAGUUUUAUCAGUUUGAGGUCCAUAUUUAGAUUUUUGCAUUAGACAUUUUGCAUUAAUGACUGAAUAUUAAUUUAUGUUAAAUUUGAUUAUUUGUAUUGGAUUCAUCAAUAAAUUAAAUAAAAUGUAUUACUUUUAAUUAAAAAAAAUAUAACAAUUAAUGUACACAAUUUAUAUUAAUGGAAAAGUAUAAUCAUACACACUUGUGUGGAAUCUGACUCUAUCACAUUUUAUAGUGUAAAACAGUAUUAAUAUCAGUUCCACUGAAGGGCUUUCCAUUGGCAAAUAUUUAACAAAAACAGUUUUUAAUAAAAAGUAUAUACUGGCCUAAUAUUUAAGUAGUUUUAUUUUGUUACAUAAAUAUAUAUACAUAUAUAAAGCUCUACUUUUGAAAACUUAAGGUUAGGGGAAGAAUUUAAAAGAAGAAAAUAAAUUAUUCUAUAUAUUUAUUUAUUCGUCGUAAUGAACCACCUGAGUUGCUGACAGAUUUGAAUCUUUUUUUUAAGGAGCAGCAGUGACAUUAUCUCUUCCAGGGCCUCUUGAAUUAUGUUAUCUUUAGCAUAACAAGUCUAGUUAGAUUCAGCCUUUUUUUCGUUUGUUUGUUUCACGUUGAUACAAUUAAUAAUUUAAUUGACUACAAGAUCAUAUUGGAGCAGUGGCCCUGUGCGAACAUUAUCCUCUACAUGUGGUCUGUUUUUUAAAGCUGAAUCACACAAAGCAAAUAAAUCCAAAAUCAAAUUUCUUUAGAAAAAAAAAAAAAAAAAAGGCCUUUUAAAAACUGCUCUUGGAGUUACUGGCAAGUAUUCAAGCAUAACAGCUCUGCCUUGCCUUGGUGAAACUUACUUCAUAACUUUUAAGUAGAGUAACUUAAAUCUACUCUUUUUAUCCAUCUUUACACGUCUUUGCAUAUCUGUCAGAUUAAUGUUCCGAAACCCAUCGUUUUUAAGCAUUUUCCGUUGCCUCCUCUUUAGAGAAAACACACUGGCCCCGGAUGCCCAACCCCCCGCCCCCCUCCCCAACCACUCCCCACCCCACCACCCACCACCCACCACCACAACCUCCCUCUAUGUCCAUCAAGCAUCUCACUCACUGUCUGUGAUGGGGCUACCAACUGAAUCAUGGAGAUUUGUGGAUGUACUGUAUGUAUUGACUUUGUAAAUAAUAAAUAAAUUAAUGUAGAUGAACACAUAUAUAUAGACCAGACUGUCCUGCCAGACCUACAGCACACCCUCUUGACACUUGAUCCUCUUAUUCCAUCGCUAGAUCUUCAGCAUUACAUAGACCACAGUGACCGAGUUGCUCUUACAGAGGUAAUAUGAGGAUAUGUUAGAGUUGUAGUUGCUGAAAUGUAGUGCUGAUAAGACAUUUUGAGGAGUAUUGUCAGCUGUAGACAAAAUAAACGCAUUCUUACAUAUUGUUAGAGAUGAUUUUGCUGCUGAUUUUAGGAUGCUCCUGCAAAGCAGUGGAGAGCUGAGUUGCCGUGUGGUUUGUAGUUGGAGGAAAAAAAAAAAAAGCUAAGAAAAAAAUCCUGUUCACUAUACUUCCUCUCCUUCUCACGUUCUUCCCUCACAGGGACCUCGUCUCAUUGGCAGGACAGUGUAUAAAUAUAUAUUUUUGUUCUGAAUGUUGUUGUACCUUUGUUGUCAGUCUCUGAACUACACUCGCCUCUCUCACCGAUAAGGAACAUAUAUAACGGCAGCUUGGGUCACUUCAUUGAUCCACAUAAUUAGCUGGUGGUGUCGGCCCUCAGUGGAGCCCCUGUAUGAGUUCGAUUUAGCCCUCUUGUGGUUGGCGAUGGGUGGUCGAGGGGAAAUGAUUCUAUGUUUAGGAGCAGCUUCGACCGGGUGCUGGAGGGUUGGAGUUUGCAGCUACACAGAAAAAAGCUUGUUUGAAAACAGAUACUGACAGUAGACCCAUUUUAAGAGCCUGCAGACACCAUACAAAUUUGUGAGAGAACAUGGUUUAACAGAGACAAUCUCAUAGAUAUCUGUUGUUAGAUUCCUCGAUUUAUAAUCAGAGUAUGAAACCAAAUGAUUCCACAGUCCCAAACUGUUUUUAAAUCGUUAAAUCUCUCUCUCUCUCUCUCUCUUACUCUCUCUCUCUCACUCCUGUUAACUUGUCUCCUGUUUUUCUUUCUUUUAUUGUGAAUUUGUGCCUUUUUGUCAUCUUAUCUUCCAAUAACACUACUGUACAUUGGAGACGUAAAGAAAUGAAUAAAAAGAAGCAAACCAACUGUACAUACA